AUGGAAGAUUAUAAGGUGCUGGGGCGCAGGGAGGAGGAAACUGCUCGCUUGCGGGCUGAGGCGGAAAAGUUGGUGCAGGUUGCUCAUAAGGGUGCGGAGCAGCUGAAGAGGGAUAAGGCUGCCUUUGAGCAGCAUAAGCAGACUGAGGAGUGGGCUGCGACCGCUGGCCUUAAACAGGAGUUGGCUAAUGUCAAGGCAGCGAAUGCUGCUUUGGCCAAGGAGAAGGCCGCAGCUGAGGCGGUUACCAAUGGGGCUAAGGAGGCUGAGUCCCGUCUUGCCGAGGCUCUUGAAGAGGCCAAGGAGGUGGGGGCACGUGCUGCCAAGGCCCUUGAAGAAGCGAAUGUUGAUCGCUCCCAUUUAAACAAGACUGUUGGAAGCCUCCAGGCUGAAGUGCAGAACCAGGCGACCAUUGUUGCUGAGGUCACUGCCCGCGCGGCCGAAGCUGAAGCGCGGGCAAGGGAGGUUGCUGAGGCUAGAGAUAGCCUUGCCUCUUCAUUCAAUCAACUUGAAGCCGACCGUGAGUGGAUGCAGUGUCACUGCAUUGGGCAUAUUGUUAAGGCUAUCCUGGAUGCGCCUGAGACUGCAGCUGGUAUAGACCUGAUUAAGCUGCGUGCCCGGGAUGCUGGAUUUAAAGCUGGUUACAACCGGUGCAUCGGUCACAUGAACAUUUUGGCUCAAGGCAAAUACACCGAUGAACGGUCCGGGUUCCAUGGCGUGGAUACCGAAGCGCGUCUUGAUGCGUCCCUUGCAUCAUUCUAUGACAUGUCUAUUUCUGCCCUUGAUAAGCUUGAUGAAUUCUUGGAUGCGGAAGACUAUGUAGACCGUUUACGGAUGUUGUACGCUGAUGCUGAAGAGUCGGAAGAGGAAGAGACGGCUGGUGACGGCAAAGGUGGCGCGGGUACCAACGGUACAAAGGAGGACUAG